AUGGCUACUCCGAUUAAUGAAUUUCAUCUCACAUGCAUUAUAUAUUUGUUUUUCAGUGCUUUGCUUUUCGGGUCCGGUGGCAUGUGUGACUCAGUUCCGGGGAUUUACAUUCUAGGAGACUCAUUGGUUGACGUUGGAAACAACAAUCACCUCCCUCUUUCCUUUCUUAAAGCUAAUUUCCCUCACAACGGCUUGGAUUUUCCAACCGGAAAACCCACCGGCCGUUUCAGUAACGGAAAAAAUGCAGCUGACUUUCUCGCUGAAAAGGUGGGAUUACCAACGGCGCCACCGUAUCUAUCAUUAGAGUCGGACGGGAAAAAGUUGGCCAACACCAAUGUGACUGUUACCGGAGUUAGUUUUGCUUCUGGAGGUGCUGGGAUCCUGAAUGGAACCAAAUUUUUUUUUCAAUCGAUUACAUUGGCAAAGCAAGUAGGAUACUACUCCGAAGUUCAUGACCAAUUGGUUCAACUACUGGGCUCAGAUGGUGCCCGGACCCACUUAGCCAAGUGUCUAUUUUUCAUUGUGAUUGGAAGCAAUGAUAUCUUUGCCUAUUAUCACAAAAACUCCGAACUCCCAAGACAAUACACACCACAACAAUAUGUCGAUCUCAUGACCUCUACCCUUAAACAACUUAUGAAGAGGUUGUAUGAGUUGGGAGCACGUAAGUUUGUGGUAACUGGAGUUGGAGCGAUUGGGUGUUGUCCGGUUCAGAGGUUGAAAAACACAACCAACGGAUGCAUGGAGAAAGCAAAUAGUUGUUCGAUGGAAUACAACAAGGGUCUACAGAUUAUGCUAAAGGAGUUGAAGUUAGAAUCAUCGGAUAUCAACUAUACUUACUUUGACAUAUUCGGUGUCAUGAGUGACCUCAUCCAAGAUCCUCAAAAUUACGGUAUUAAGGAGACAAAAGAAGCAUGUUGUGGACUUGGCAACUUGAAAGCCAAAAUUCCUUGCAUCCCGGUUUCUACCUAUUGCACCAACAGAAGCGAUCAUCUUUUCUGGGACCUUGUCCAUCCCACAGAAAUGGUGUCUCAUGUGUUUGCUGAUCUUAUAUAUAGUGGAUCACGACGAUAUAUGCAUCCAAUUAAUGUUCAAAAGCUUGUUAAGAUGUAA